AUUCGUUUUCGCGUUCACUUUUUUCUUUCAUACAAGUUCAUGAGUUGUCAUUUGUGUCAUUUUUUUGUUAAAGAAAAUAAUUUCUCUUCCAAUUCUUUGUGAAUUUUUCCUAGUGCUUGCACAAAUAUCUCAUCAUGUCGUUUGCUGAAAAAAUGGCCGGAUUUAUGGCACGGCCAAAUCAAGAUGCGAUACCCAAAGAUGAUAUCCCGUGGUAUUUUAAAUAUGCGGCCCGAAUUUUAGGUGUUGUAGCUGCCUUUUUCUGCAUCCUAUUCGGACUGACUAACUGUCUUGGCAUAAUUACAAUUGACAUAGCGCAAGUAUUGGCGGGUAUACUUCAAAUGCUGGUUGGAUUUUUUGUGAUGGUGGUAGAAGCACCGUGUUGUUGUAUGUUCAUUGAUUUUGUACAGCAAGUGGCGGAAAAAGCCGAUCAGCGACCACUUUGGAAUCGAGCCGCUUUGUAUUGCCUCAUCGCUUUGCCACCUGUUUUGAUCAAACCCGGACUGGCAAGUCUCUUUGGAUGUGGACUGGUGUUUCUAACCGGUGUUGCGUACGGAAUGAUGUCUCUUGGCAAAAAAGCAUCAACCGAACAAAUGAGACAAGCUGCCACCGUAGUAGAUAACAAAAAUUCAUCAGUAGGAACCCGAUCAAAUCUUGUGAACAAUGCUCAACCAAUAUCCAUAACUGGAGCCCCGGGAUUUGACAGCAAUGUUUGAUUACGCUUUUGUUUUACGUAUAUUAAAUUUUGAAAUUAUUUACAGUGGAUGUUAGUGAAGUUUAGGCAGGAAUUUGCGUCAGCUGUUUUUCAAAUGGUCCCCUAAUACAAACAAAAUUGCUUGUACGGGUGGAAUAGUUACACGCACGUGAUAGUGCUAAGUCCGUAUAAAGACGAAAAGUAGUUUUAUUUGCAUGAGUGGACCAGCUGAAAAUUCGCUGAAGCAAAUUCCUAUCUAAAAUUCACCAACGUAUGCUGUAUCAUUUAAAAUAGUAAAAAUUUCUUAACUGAGAAUAACAAUCGAAAAGGAAAGGAAAUGCCAUUCACAAAAAGAAUAUUUUUUUUUGCAGAAACAUUAAAAAAACACAAAAAACAAAAAUAGACAAAUUUCGUAUAAAUGGAUAGAAAACAUCGAUUGGAUAGAAUAUUAGCGGAUUGAAUAAUGUAAUUAGUACAUUAUAAUUUACAUAAAUAAGAUUAAAGAUGUUUGUAGAGUUAAUAAUCUUAAAUUUGUUGUUUAAAAGAAGAAGAAGAAAAAAGAGUCAAAAAUUAUCCAUUUUCAAAUAUUUUGUGCAUGCGAUUAAGAUGAACCGUAUAAUCUAGGUGAUUUUCUUUUGUUUUUUUGUGGAAAUUAUUAACUUAUUAAAAGAAAGACUUUAAUUUAACUAUUAUAAAAUGGAUAUUUAAGUUAAAAUAUGAGAAAAUAUGAACGUGUACAGCAACACACUGUACACAUACAAAAAAAAAUUAAUAAAAUAAACAAAACGUAAUGGCUAUUAUGUCGAUAACUAAUUUAUAAUCAGCAAUAUUUGAGUCAGCAUAUCACUAAAAACGACUGUAGUUGAAGAAAUUUGUGAUUUUAUUUUGAUGGAACAAUAUCAUAAAUGUCAUGAGUUGUUGAGCGCGUAAAUAUUUUUGAAAGCAAAUUAAAUUCUUUUCCGUUAUAAAUUUUGCAACCGAAGGAUUAAACCCACCCACCCAAUACUAACAGGAUAUUGAAAAAUUAAAAGAAUAAACAAAAUUGGAUCGAAAACUGCUUUCUUAAUCGUAAAUAAUAUAAUUAAAAUAAAUUAAACAAAAACUGAAGUUAAUCUUUUGAAUCAUCAUGUUGUUAUGGAAUCAACUGUUAAAAUGAUUCCAAUUAAAUAUUUUCCAAAUUUGUUUUUCUCAAAAAUGAUGUUUUGAUGUGAGUUGCCUAAAAGAAUACGAAUAUUAUAACAGAGAGAAAAUGUACAAAGUAAAAUCGCGACAAACAUUCCAAGGAAAAAACUGCUUUAAAAAAAUAUGAUAAAUGACAAAACUUUUUAGUUGUGAUUUUGUACUUAUACUCCAAUUUACUUAGUUCUUUCGGUUAACAAAA